UCCCACGCCCAAGCGCCCCAUCUCCACCCUCGCCCAAGAAAACCCUCUUUUCCCCAAUCCUUUUCACUUCCAAAUGGGGUUCUCGAGCUUAACCCUCUGAAGGUCUAAGAUCAUCUGUAUGGGUCUUCUGUCGAUGAAGUGUUUGGGUUUACAAGCUGGAUUUCUGGCAUACUCACGUCUAGGGUCACCUAUGAGAUUCUUUUGUAAAGUGAAGAGAUGGAAGGAGCCCUUCAGGGACUCGUAUGAGUACAGUCGUUUGUUACAACGUUAUGGAGGGACCAAAGGCCUUAAAGCUAUACACGCUCAGAUAGUCACUGGUGGUUACGAGCAGAACCCCUUUCUGGCGGCAAAGCUCGUGAGUCAGUAUGCAGAGCUUGGUGAGUUGAGUAUGGAUGAUGCAAGGAAAGUGUUUGAUCAAGUGUCUGAAAGAGAUAUUCUUCUGUGGAAUGUGGUCAUCCAGGGCUAUGCCCAUUCAGGCCCGUUUGUGGAAGCUGUGAAUAUGUAUGGUCAGAUGCGUAGGAGAGGAAUAUAUACAAAUCGAUACACAUUUCCUUUUGUGCUUAAGGCUUGUGCUGCAUUAGGAGAUGGAAAGAAGGGUGGGGUUAUCCAUGGUCAUGUUGUCAAGGUUGGUUUGGAGUCGGAUUUGUUUGUGGGAAAUGCGUUAGUUGCAUUUUAUGCCAAGUGCAAAGAAAUCGAAAAGUCUCGGAGAGUUUUUGAUGAGAUUCAGAAUAGGGAUCUUGUGAGUUGGAAUUCUAUGAUUUCUGGUUUUAUGCAGAAUGGAACUGCCAACGAAGCUCUAGUCAUUCUCCACCAAUUGUUGCAGGAUGAUACGGUUGGCAUGCCUGAUCACGCUACUCUUGUUAGUGCACUCCCAGCUUGUGCCCAAGCAGCUUCUAUCCAAGGAGGAAUUUGGAUUCAUUCUUACAUAAUAAAGACAGGAAUGAAUGUGGAUGCUGCUUUGGGCAGUUGUUUAAUAUCGAUGUAUGCAAAUUGUGGCUGCUUAGACACCGCCCGAGAGCUAUUCGAUAGAUUGACUGACAGGAACAUCGUGGUGUGGAAUGCGAUGAUAAGGUGUUACGGGAUGCAUGGCCAUGCCUACGAGGCGAUUGACAUGUUCUCAAGAAUGGUAGAGGCUGGUGUAAAACCAGAUGCUAUCAGUUUUGUUAGUGUGUUAUCUGCGUGUAGCCAUGUGGGGCUGGUCGAUGAGGCCUGGAAGCUUUUCUACAAAAUGGGAGAUUAUGCAGUUGAAAAGAAUGAUGAGCAUUAUGCUUGCAUGGUGGAUUUGUUGGGGCGAGCAGGUUAUCUUGAUGAGGCGGUCAAAUUUAUUGAAAACAUGCCUGUGGAGGCUGGAAAGGAUGUCUAUGGGGCCUUGCUAGGUGCAUGUAGAAUUCAUAAUAAUAUAGAACUGGGGGAAGAGGUUGCUGAAAGAUUAUUUAUACUUGACCCUGACAAUGCAGGGCGAUACAUAAUUCUAGCAAAGAUGUACGAGGAUGCGGGUCGGUGGGAGGAUGCAGCUAGAUUGAGAAAGGUUAUGAGACUGAAGAAAAUUAAGAAGCCACUUGGAUGCAGUGAUAUUGAGCUGGACAAUGUGAUCCACAGUUUUGGAGUUGAGGAUGAGUCGCAUCCAAUGACGAGCCAGAUUUUUGACACACUUGAAAGAUUGGAAAGAAUGAUAGAGGAAGACAAGGCAAUUGGUUGAACUUGAAGACUAGAGCAAGCAUCUCGCCGCUGCUGUACCCAACAGUUCAGUUCAUGAAGUGGUCAUUGAAGUGGACAGCAACAGCAGCCUCUGUCAUAGAGGAUAGAGAGGCCUUGUGUUUUUGAGGACUUUCUUGUGUACUGAUUUCCAUAUGUAUCAUGCAAUUGAGGGCUCUAGAGAAGUAUCAACUAGUCUUUAUCAAUGGCAGCCCAAGCGACUUCUGAAGCAAAUCAGAAAAGCCGGAUCUUUGAAGCUUAGUGAGUGCUCGGUAUCGGAUUGGGUAAUCGCUAGUUCUUAAACCGAUACCCUGUCCGUUAUGUAUCAGUCCUUAUUGAAACUCUUAGCCCUCAAGAGAUACUUACACCAGAUUUAUUUAUUUAUUAUUAUUAUUAUUAUUAUUUUUUAUCAUUGUACCCUCUUUUUGUACCAUGCCACUGAUUCGGUAUUAGUGUGGAUCUCAAUUCCAAUUAAUGUUGAUUUCUACGAUC